GACGAUCGCACGCUACUACAUACAGACACACCACCGCUCCAUACCAUAAACGGCACUACCACAGGCGACCGGCGUCUCAGCAAACUACCCAAAAUGGCGACUGGACCAUACCCUUCCACGGAUGAGUACAAGCCGAUCAACAGAGCUGAGGCACCCCCCACAGCCUACGCCGUGACUGGCCAGCCUGUUCCCCAGGCUGCGGAGGCAGCGCCUGUCAUGGCCGCACCUGGAGCACCCACCACCGGCAUGUGGGUGGAGGAACGCUACUGUGGACUGACCACCUGGUUGAUAACGGUCGUCGGCAGUUUUCCGUGCAGUUACUUCUGCCCUUGCGAUCGCAGGACGGUGUGGGUCGCCGGAGGCAAAAAGUACAACGAAAAGGGAGCUAUAGUGGACGACCAGCUGUUCGUCAACCCGUUUCAGGGACGAUAGUGCGGAAACGGUCGAUGUAUAUAGAUAUCAUUGUGUCUCUUUCAUAGUGUUGUAUCCCUAGCCUUGACACCCAGUGGCACCUCGCGCCCAUGUGUGUCGUGUAGCUACUUGAUUUGUAGGCGGGCCAUCUGUUUAGUUUUGUUCCUGCGGAAAUUUUGGCGGUUCUGUUUUGUUUGGAGCUGAUUACAUCGAUCAGAGAGUCAACGUGGUUUCAAGUUGAACUUGCCAUGUAGUCAGGACGUUUCACAGCAUCACCUACAGGGCAACGUCCUGACUACAUGCUGUGAAUCCAAAUCACUGGAUUGAAGCCAGAUUUGACAGCCCACAUGUCAGGUUUUGCAACUUUCAAAGAGGUUUCUAUCCAUUCCUGUCCUACGACGUGCGUAAGCAUCAAGUAGCGAUAUCGCACAGUUUAAUAGCGUUUGCUUCCUGCGACCUCACACAAGCAGCUGAAGAUUUAGGAUAAGGUCUGCUGUUGUGCAUCGAAGGUUGUUCCUCGAAGCUGGCUGAAGAGUUGGGACUUGAGCACUCUUGUUCGUCAAAUGGUGUUCGGAGAUAUUGAUAUAAAACGCGCAAACAUCUUUUUCUCGCUGGAAAUACAGCAGUGUGCAGACUGGGAGAUCGAUCACGUCCGGACUGUUUCAUUGGUACCUUGGGUCAGCUUUCGUGUGGAGAUUCUCGGUGUUGGCUGGACGUUCUGGUCGGCCGAUCCGUCCCCCAAAAAAGUAAGAAUCGUGCAAGGCAGAAAUGCACGAAUGAAUGUUGUACAUCUAGGUAUGUCCUUCUUCUGGGAUUCUCUCUUGGUUUUCGCUUCCGCUUGGUUACGUGAAAGAGGUUCGGUGGGUUGGUUGGGUCCGUUUUGCAGUUGAAGGAGGAGGAAAUCGCCUGAAGAACAAGACUGGCUGCCCCGGUGGUCGGUUGUCGGGAAGGACCUCGAACACCUAGUUUUGGCGGUGAGAUGUGUUUUCUCCGCGUUGAUGAGUACUUUGAAGGGAAGAACAGGUCCAAGUGAAGGAACCAUUUAACCCAAAGUUUGAUGCUCUUCUCGCGAUGCAAGACUUGCACCGCAAACGAAAUAUCUUAGAAUUAGAGUCUUCAGUUCGGCCCGUGACGGAAGCUCAUUUGCUAGAGGGCGCCGCCCCCCUCGGGUUUUCUAGCUCGAUACUUGAACGAUGGGAUACAACGGAAAAAUUCAGUUUGAAGCU